CAGACGCAGGCGUGUUCAAAUUCAUUUUUUUCUCCCUACAAUGCAAAUUUUCUUUUCAGCAAUAUCGGCAACUCUGAAUAUGCUAUAGGAUUUCUAAAAAAACAUCUUGGCUUACUUUUUAAAGAGAUAAACAGAGAUAAACUACUGAAGGCUACUCUUAACACAGACACAUUAAACGAUCUUCUAAUUGUUCCUCACAUUUCAUUUCAUUUUGUUCCAAUGUACAGAGUUGAUGUACUGGAUUAAAUGAUUCUCAUACUGUGAAUCCAUGAUCCUGGUCUACCUCUUGAACAUCGCUACCUCUGUCUGGCCUUACAUGCUAUACACGAUGUCACACUCUCCCAAGUUUGGGAAAUGAGGAAGCAGGAUGCAGGCUUGGAAACAACUCAAGAGGUGUUUUAUUCUACGUCUUUUACUUUAGCUUUUCAGCAGUUUUAUUUUCCCUCCUAUACAUGCACGCACAUAUGCGAGUCUGUGCUGGUUAGCUCUCUAACUCUUACGGCGCUCAUCUCUCUCCUUUUUAUCCUUGCUACAGCUCACUGCAACACAGAACACUCAUUAGUAGUAUUCCCCACAGGUGUGCAUUCCUUACCACUCACCUUCUCCAGCUCUGCCCUCCGUUCACAAACUGGCGCCAUCUGUACCCCCAACCUGUGGACCACCUUGAACUUAAAUGGCUGAAGUGCCAGAUACCAAUGAGUGAUCCACGCAUUGGCAUCCUUCAUGCGGUGGAGCCAUUGGAGCGGAGUGUGGUUCGAACAGAUGGUGAAGGCCCGUCCCAACAGAUUAACGGAGGGUGAGGACUGCCCACCAGAUGGCCUCACACUCCUUCUCUAUCAUGCUGUACUUCGUGUCUCUCACAGAGAGCUGGCGGCUGAUGUACAGCACGAGGUGCUCCUCCCCCUCCACCACCUGGAACAACACUGCCCCCAGUCCCCUGUCCGAUAUGUCAGUCUGCAAAAGAAAAGGGAGAAACAGACCAGAAGAAUGCAAGAGUUGUCUGCCACAGAGUGCAGCUUUUACCUGAGUGAAAACCUGCUGACACGGCUCCGUCCAGUGGACUGGAUCUGGCACCCCUUUUCAGUGAGAUCAGUCAGUGGGCUGGUGACGUCCGAAUAAUCAGGUACAAACCUAAGAUAAUAGCCAGCCAGCCCCAGAAACUGUCGCACCUCCUUUUUGGUCUUGGGUCUCAGAUAGGCUGCAAUUGCUGCUGUCUUGUCAAUUUGGGGAUGCAAAUUGACCCAAGAGGAAGCCCAGAUAUCAUACUUCCACCCGCCCAAUCGCACACUUCCUUGGGUUCGCCAUGAGUCCCACCUGCCUCAACGAUCUCAGAACAGCCCUCAGGUGCUGCAUGUGCCGCUUCCAAUCAUUACUGUAGAUAAUAAUGUCAUCUACAUAGGCAGCGGCAUAGGCAGCGGCAUAAGCAGCGUGUGGUAGGAGGACUCUGUCGCUGGAACGUCACGGGGCCCCCGAACAACCCAAAAGGAAGGGUUACUAGUUGGUGUAACCCAAAGGGAGUGGAAAAGGCCGUUUUUUUCAUGAGAUAUUGGAGUGCUAAUAUCCCUUUCUUAAAUCCAGUGUCAAAUAAAGGUGGUAUGUCCCAGCUAGAUCAGGGGCAGCCUGCAGCGCAUCGGGGAUCCGGACCAACACCCCACCUCCAUCACAUGGCAGUGCUCCUGGAAAUGCCCAGGCUCCCUGCAACACCAGUACACUGGUCCAGGCCUUACUCCCACACCUGCGGCCCCAGAUUCACCCACCUGGGGGAGAGAGGAGACAGAAACACGGGUAGAGGAAGGGGGAGAGAAAGCAUGGGUUUGGGGAACUGGUUUUGGGGGAAUUGGCCCUUGUUUCUGUGGAGCAGGGAAAGGGAAAGGGCAAGGAAGAGCGGGAGAGAAAGAGGGAGAAGGGAGGGACUUGUCUGCCCCUGGAUAUGCCGCCAAGUGAUCCUCUGCCAACUGGAUUGCUUCAUCAAGCGAAGUGCUCGUACAGCUCCAGAAAGGGUUCCAGAUCGUCCUGCGGUCCCAUCUUGGUUAGGAUGACAUGGGGCAUGGCCACAGCGGCUGCUGGGUCUGUGGCUGGGAUACCUGCCUGCUGGACCAGACCCUGGAUCACCUGCCAAUCUGCUGCCUGGGUGUCGAUCACUUCCUUAAUCUGCUGCUCCUGAUUUAGGUGCAGCUGGAGGAGGGCCUGCUGCUGGGUCUAGUGGAUGCUGGCGAUGGAUGUGAUGAUGUAAGCCAGUGGUGAGGACUCCAUGACGGCGUCUUCCUCAGGAUCCCAGGUUGCGGCACCAGUGUGGCACUGUCCCAAGUUCGUGCGGAAAUGAGAAAGCAGGAGGCUUGGGAAGAGGUGUUUUAUUCUACAUCUUUUCUUUCACUUUUCAGCGGUUUUAUUUUCCCUCCUAUACAAGCAUGCACAGGCACACAUGCACACAUGUGGCUCUGCGCUGGUUAGCUGUCUAUCUCUUGAGGCGCUCGUUUCUCUCCUUUUUAUCCUCGCCACAGCUCACUGCAACAGACAACACUCGUUAGUAGAAUUCCCUGCAGGUUUGCAUUCGUUACCACUCACCUUCUCUGGCUCCGCCCUCCAUUCACAAACCAGCACUCGACCAUGCCCCCGCUUCCACACAUGAUUAAAGCAGAUCAAAUUCACCAGAAUUAAUUAGUGUAUAAACUUACAGGAAAAGCAGAUGAAUGUAACUAUGGAUGCAUUUUUUCAUUUUAUUCUGAUUUGAAAGUGUUUAAUCAUUGCCAUUUUGUUUCCCAGUCGGAAAGCCAUUAGCUAGCGCUAACUAUCCAACUUCAGCUGACUAGCUAAAUGAUUAGCUGAAUGUAACGUUUAAAAGAACUAACAGAUUACUAAAUAUCUUUAUACCACAGCACUCUUUAUUUCUCGAAUCUGAUUGGUCAGAAGGUGUUGAUUAAUUUUCUAUAACAGCAGCUCUGUGGACCGGGGAACCAGUUUUCUUUCCCUCUCUCUUCUCUUUCUUUCUUUCUGUCUCCCCUCUUCCUCCCGUCGUCUCUCCUUUCGCAGGAUACUGAGUCGGCCAGCCGGAGGAGGCAUGGAUGAAAGGCAACGCCUCUCCUCCCGAAAGGAAAGUAUUUACUACAUCUCUACUGGGAAGAAGACCUGGAGUGAGAGCAGACACGACUGCGAGGGAAAAGGAGCAGACCUGGUGAUUAUAAGCAGCAGAGAGGAACAGGGUCGCAGGGAGCCUGGAGCCUCUUCCAGGUGACUCGGGGCACAAGGCAGGAGACACCCUGGAUAGGGUGCCAACCCAUCGCAGGGCACAAUUGCACACACUCUUACACACCCAUUCACACACUACAGACAAUUUAAGCCAGUUAGCCUACAAUGCAUGUCUUUGGACUGGGGGAGGAAACUGCAGUACCCAGUGGACACUCCGAAGCAUGGGGAGAACAUACAACUCAAACCCCCCCAACCCCGGAGAUGUGAGGCAAAUGUGCUAACCACUAAGCCAUCAUGCCCCCCAGGGGAAUGUUUUGAGUUCAUUAAAUCAAUUUUUUCUAUCAAGCUUAAAAAUUGUGACAAAGCAGCUUUACAGAAAUCUGUAAAUCCCUAAUGAGUAAGCCCCCUGAGAUGACAGAAGGAAGAAAACUUGAGAGGAACCCGACUCAAAGGGGAACCCAUCCUCAUCUGGGUGAUUCCGGAGAGCGGGAUUAUGAGUUAUAACUCACCCACACCUGUACGCUAUAAAGCCAAACAGUACUGAUUGUGUUGAAAGGAUCUUCAGUAUGAGCAUUAGGGCCUUUUAUGAUUUCAUUAGUGUUUUAAGCUUUAACCCUUUUGUAGCCAAGUGAAGUUAUCCACUGAAUAACAGAUAAGACUGAAUCUGUUGUCAGAAGUGCAAUUCAGGCUAUUCAGCUGAGACCAUCCACAGCAAUCUUUAGGGGAUCAGUGUGGUAACAUCCACAGCAACCUCAUGGCGAUCUUUAGGCUAUCCAUGUGGAGCCAUCCUCAACAGCAGCAAGUGAUUGUCAAGUGAGCGAGGCUCCAAGCAGAAGUACAGCAUCAAGAAGGAUCAGAGCGAUCCAGAGGGCAGAAGGAGUCAGGAUCACUGACAUCUCACCAGGCAGCAGGAAUAACUUGUAGCUCAACAGACACAGAGAGAGAGAGAGAGAGAGGAAACAGAUUAUUAGUUAUGCUCUUGUCCUAUAGUGGUUUGUAAGCAGGGACUCCGGCAGGAAUAGCUGUGACAGCAUAACUAAAAGGGAGAGCCAGAAGGUGAAUAAAAGGGUGCCCUGAGACAUAAAGCUGCCAGCCACUCCACCGUCAACAAACCUGAGUGAACGUGUGAGAGUUGGGGGGGCGACAGCAUCCAAACAUCCCAGUUCACCACAACACUCUAUGCCUGUGAACCCUUCAGAUCUGCUCCUUUACCUAAGAAAACUAUUCACAAAAGGCUUGACUAAACAAACAUGUUUUCAGCCUAGACUUAAACACUGAGACUGUGUCUGAGUCCCGAACACUAACUGUGGCGCUUCGUAAGAGAAAGGUCUGCCCCCUAUCUUUCAUGGUACCCACAAUGAGUCUGCACCUUUUGAUCAAAGUAGGCGUGGUGGAUCAUAAAAGACCAAAGGUUCACUAAGGGUACUGCAGCACAAGACCAUUCAGCAUGAUAUAGUUUUUCUGCAACAUGUAGUGACAUUAUAUUUAUUAUCUUAGCAAUAUUUCUGUGAAUUAAAGAGGGCUAUCCUAGUAAUAUUAUCUACAUAAGUUUCAAGUGAAAGACUAGAAUCAAUAAUCACACUAAGGUCUUUUACUGCUGGACAUGAUGAAUCAAAAAGGCCAUCCAGAGUUACAAAGUAAUCAGAAAGCUUAUUUCUCUCUGCAUGUGGUCCUGGUACAAGUAUAUAUAUAAUAUACAGUGUCUUGGAUAUAUUCACUGAAAUGUUGACAUUUUGUAAUUGGCACUUAAUUGGGAAUUUUAUCAUUUCAUGUACACAUAUGUGUAACAUUUCAAGGUGCAAAGUAUUCUUUUUAUUGUGACACAAAAGUUAAUUACACAGUAGGGCAGACUUUUGUUGGUUGCAUAAGUAUUAACCCUUUAAUUCUUAGUAAAAAUCUCCUUUGGCUCAAACACAUGCAUGUGCAAAAUCAACAAAUAUGAUUUGGAAAAUUAGAUUAAUUGUUAUACGGUGGAAUUAAAAAAAGCACUUUAACUGUAGAAAUCAAUAAAAUCAGAUUUUACAAGGUUAAGAUUCUCCAUAAAAGUAGGAAUAUGAAAAUAUAUAUCAAGUCAUAAAGUGUAUCAGCAAAAGUAAAUAACAGAAUAGCUAUGAACAGUUAGACUUUCUUUACUAUCUUCCCAGAAACAGGAUGGGGCUUUACUUAUUUUCUCUCUCCACCAAUGUAUAGGUCAAAGUAAUUAAAAAAUUAUAAUCCUAAAUCAGUUUGGGUUUUUCACUCAUAUACAACAUUUCGGAUAUUAAUCCUCUUCUCACAGAUCCAAACAUAUUGCUUAUUUAAGGAUUCAACCCAAUUUGGUGCAAGAUCAGACUGAAAGCCAAAUACAGCACAGUUCUCAUCCCCAAUAUUGUUGGGUUCACCCUGAUUCCAGAACCUGAAAGAAGAGAAGUGGUCUUCAUAAGGUGUAUAAGGUGAAGUGAAGUGAGUAUAUGGUACCCCAGAGUAGCCAGGAAGGAGACAAACCAGGAGUAAACUCAGAAAUGUGAUAUAUUGUGAUAUAAUACAGAAUGUAUACAAUUGCUGUACACCAUAAAAGUCUGCUGUCUCACAAAAAUAUUGAGUUUUCAUAAACCGAUUCACUUGUCUUUGUUUGUGUUCCCUUCUGUAAAGAUGCUGGCUCUACAAAGAGCCUUCAAUGUGUUCUUACUGUAGAUUUCUACAGUCUGCACUCCAGACUUCAACUCUGAUGAACUCUCUGUGGUUACAUUAAAAUUACAGGAAGUAAUGGUGAGAUCUCAUCUCCCACACCCCAAGCAACACUUUCAGAAGCCCAUCUCUAUACUAUUUUUUACUGACUUUCAGUUCUACAUUAAUGAGACAGAUUAUUAUAAUUCUACAUGGUUCAGUGUAUCAAUCAAUGUGAAGGUGAGAUUCAAAAUAAGCUAAAUCUGUACAAGUGGUAUAUACAGCCUUUCCCUGACCCUGUUUGCUAUGUUGCUUAUUUUUUCUGGUUUGCCUUCCGGCAAAGCCUUCACGCUGCAGGAUGCAAAUGGAUUGUCCUUUCAAACCCAUAAUCCAUUAUAUCACAGGUGUUUAAAAUUCUAUUCCAAUGGGAACUACUUCCUGCAGCACUAGGGUGAUCUAGAUAGACAUGCUGGGCUUGCCUUUGGUGGACAUUGCAAAAGAAUUGAAGGUGCUGACCACUACACUGACUGCAGAGCCUUUUCAGAUCCCAGCCUGCUGCCAGAAGGCCUCCUGCACAGUGAGUGCUCUGGUGAGUUUAAGGAUGCUAAAACAUUUACUUAUGUGGUGGUCAGUGGUAUUGCAGUAGGCACGGGCUGGACAGUGCUCUAAGAGGGUUUUAGAGGGCGGACUGCCCCAGAAAGAACAUGACUCGCAUUGUCUUCUUUCCUUGUCUAUUUAUUCCAAGUACGAUGACAAAUAUAUAUAUAUUUAUAUAUAUAUAUGACUAAAAAAAAACUAUAACUUUUUUAAAAACAUCCUGAUUUUAUGUUAAACUGGUAAAUUUUUUUUAAGAGAUUAUAAUAACAAGUUUUCUUACUUUGUUUAUUAUUAUGCUUAGAUUAUGUGGAGCGUCUGCUGUACAAGUCUCUGCGAAUGGGUUGUUACUAUAGAAACAAUAAGAGAUUAGAACAAGUGCACUAAUACAAACCUGUGAUCUGAGUCACAAUUACUGUCAGAGCGGAGGUUAUAGAAAAUUAAUCAACACUGAUUCAAGAUUUCAAUAGCAAUGUGGUAUAAAUAAAGUGUAUCAAUUACAUAUUUUACCAACAGAAUGUUAUUGCAAAUUAUCCAGGUACAAGAUAACUGGCCAAUCUGGCAACCCUGUAUGUGUCUGUAUGGAGAAAGUGAUCAACCCAAAACAGUUACAGUUACAGUUAAAGCCUACAGUGUUGGACCAAGACUUACUGUAAUUAAUCUUUAUUGUGUCAAAUUAACUAAGUGUUAAUGCUACACUGUGUUAUUGUGUCACUAAGUGUUAAUGCGACACUGUGUGAGUUAAUGCAUCACUGUAUGAGUUAAUGCAUCACUAAGGGUUAGUGCAUCACUGUAUGUGUUACUGCCACACUAAGUGAUAAUGCAACACUAAGUGUGCAUUAUCAGUUUGCAAUAACAAGUGUGCAAUCAGUAUGUGACACUGUAUGUAUUAAUGUAUCACUAUGUGUUAAUGCAUCACUAAGUGUUAAUGCGACACUGUGUGUGUUAAUGCAUCACUAAGUGUUAAUGCGACACUGUAUGUGUUAAUGAAACACUAUAUGAGUCACUGAAGCAUUGUGAACGUAAAUGCAGCACCAGUUUUUGACAACAGAUUUUUAACAGUUAAUCCAAACUUUAAAAAUCAGUUAAACAAGAUUAGAAAUGUAACUUUUAAUUAACUUUCGGCUUUUAGAUUUGAGAAGUUUUGUCAUUGAAUUGUCAUUUAAAAUGUAUUUACAGAUAUAUAUUUUAAGGAAUAAAGAUUUAAGAUCUUUAUUUAAAAAAAAAACAUCAUUUGAGUUUGUAGCUGUCAAUUUAUAUUCAACAUAUGUAUGAACAGCACCACCGUGUGGCUGAAGCCAUCACUGCAUCUAAAUUAUCCUCCACUGCUACUGCUACUACUUUUACUACUACUACUACUACUACUAAUAAUAAUAAUAAUAAUACUAAUUGUUUUUUUAUAAACACUGAGCAAGCCUGAAUCAUGCUUUAUUGCACUGUACGCAAUUGAAACAUGUCUAAAUCAUGUCGUGAAUCAGUUGCUUUAAAUGCAUCUUUUAUACAUCAGUUCACAUGGAGACGCAGUUUAUUUCAAAAUAUAUUCAUAGAAUAUCUGCAAAUAUUAGUACAUUUUAGGAAACAUCCAUUUAUACCUGUAUUUAAGAAUAUAUUGCAGUUUCUUUUGUUGUUUGUCUUGUUCACCUUUCAUUCUUUCAUCUUGAGUAAGUGCUUUAUGAUUCGAUAUAUGUGAAAUGUAUGGCUAUGUUUUCACAGUCACAAACAAAUACAUGUUAAUAUUUCAAUAUAUUUUAACUAUUUUAAAUUGUACCACCAGGAACAAUGUUACCUUCUGUUACAGCUGAAAUAAAAACUCUUUAAAAGACUCAGGAAUUAAAAGACUCUAUUUUAAACUAUUUAAUAUUUAAAACAUUCAGUCUCACAAUUGCAGAUCUUUACAAUUAUUUAUUUAUGAAUAUGUAUUAUUUUCUGUUAGGAACUGAAGAACAUAUACAGUAUAUAUGGCAGCAGCAAUACGCUGAAAUUCUAAUUUAUUAUAUCAUAUUCUUAAUUUAGAGAAUAAGAUUGAUUUAGAGAAAGAUCUAAAAGUUUGACAUGUCAAAAUAUUGAGAUAAUUUACUUCUGACUGUUACAAAGCACUGACACUGGAGACUCCUUCCAUGUAUUAAAUUAAAUGAAACAUUUGUUUAUCUUUUUCUUAGCUUACUUUUUUAACCACACUACUGAGUAAUCUGAGUAAUAUUAUAUGUCAUAUUUUGUUAACGAAAUGAAUAACUUGUGUUAGUGAUAUUUCUCUGUUAGUUUGACAUUGCUUUAAUUUUUUAUUUAGUCAGUACAGUUUAAAGUAGUAUAGAUUUCGAGAUAUUAUCAGUAAAAAGUACUUCAUGAAUGUAAAGAAUCUUGUUAUGAAUAUUUCCUUAAAGUUUUUGCAACAGAACACUUCCUUUACUUUUCUUUCCCUUUUCCUUUGCACACAGUCGGAAGGAAAUAUGAGACAAUACUGUUCCUGCCUGUGCAUUGAAGGGAAAAAAAGUGUUUCUUCUGAGCCUGACUGUUUUUCUUGUUUAUACAUGUGAUGAGCAAGAAGCAGAGAAGCACCAAGAAGCAGAGAGAAGCAGCAAGAAGCAGAGAAGCAUGUCCACUCCAGCAAGAAGCAGAGAAGCAUGUCUGCCCAGCAAGAAGCAGAGAAGCAUGUCCACUCCAGCAAGAAGCAGGGGAGCACGGCCACCCCAGCAAGAAGCAGAAGUUGAGCUCUCUGGCUGCAGCUUUAUUUUUGCAGCUUUUUAGGACCAGUGGAAGGAGGGAAGGUCCUGGUGAUGCCCGUGGACGGCAGCCAUUGGCUCAGUAUGAAGAUCCUGGUGGAGGAAUUGUCUCGGAGAGGACAUGAAAUGGUGGUUCUGGUUCCUGAGACCAGUGUGUUGAUCCACGGCUCUGAUGCAUACACCGCUCGGGGUUUUAAGGUUCCCUACACCAAGGCUGAACUGCAUGAUGGCAGCAUGAAAAGUAUGAAGGAGAGCAUUACGAAAGCGCCACAGAUCUCUGACUUAUUGGAGAAUGUCAUCGGGCUCCUCAGCUUUACUAACAUGCAGGUGAAAGGAUGCGAGGCGCUGCUGUAUAAUGAGCCUCUGAUGCAGAACCUGCGUGAAGAACACUUUGAUAUCAUGCUCACCGAUCCCUUCCUGCCUUGUGGCCCCAUCAUCGCCAAGGCUUUCUCUCUUCCUGCAGUUUACUUCCUGCAUGGACUUCCCCGUGGAUUGGAUCUGGAAGCCGCUCAGAGCCCGUCGCCUCCGUCCUACGUCCCGCGCUAUUUCAUAGACAGCACCGACGUCAUGACGUUUCCUCAGAGGGUCAAGAACGUGCUUAAGGCAGGAUUCGAUGCUAUUCUCUGCAGAGUACUUUUCUCCAGCUUUGAUGAACUCACCAGCAGAUAUCUCAAAAAGGAUGUUUCAUUUAAAGAUGUCCUCGGACAUGCUGCGAUUUGGCUUCAUAGAUAUGACUUCACCUUUGAGUACCCGAGACCUGUAAUGCCCAAUAUGGUGAGAAUUGGGGGCAUCAACUGUGCCAAGAAGAAACCUCUGCCUGCGGAGCUGGAGGAGUUUGUGGACGGCUCUGGAGAUCAUGGCUUCAUCGUGUUCACUUUGGGCUCUUUCGUGUCUGAGCUGCCAGAGAUCAUAGCCCGAGAGUUUUUCAAGGCUUUUAGACAGAUUCCUCAGAGGGUUCUGUGGAGAUACACCGGAGUCAUUCCCAAAGACAUUCCUGAAAAUGUCAAAGUGAUGAAGUGGCUUCCGCAGUACGACCUCUUAGCACACCCCAAGGCCAAGGUGUUCAUCACACAUGGAGGGUCCCACGGGAUCUACGAGGUUAUCUGUAACGGCGUGCCAAUGGUGAUGAUCCCCCUCUUUGGAGAUCAGAGAGACAACGUUAACCACAUGGUGGUGCGCGGAGUCGCAGAGAGCCUGACCAUGUACGACCUGACCUCAGAGAAACUGCUGGGGGCACUCAGAAAAGUCCUCAAUGACAAGAGCUACAAAGAGAAGACAACAGAGCUCUCUAGGAUCCAUAAAGACCGUCCAAUCGAACCGCUGGACUUGGCCGUAUUCUGGACCGAGUUUGUGAUGAGACACGGGGGAGCUGAGUAUCUGAGACCGGCCGCUCACCAUCUCAACUGGGUUCAGUACCACAGUCUCGACGUCAUCGGGUUCCUCUUGCUCGUUCUAGCCACCUUCAUUUUUAUUACCAUCAAAACCUGCACUUUCUGUUUCAGGAAGUGCUUCAGGAGGACUCAGAAGACCAAAAAGGAGUGAGGUGGCCAGUGAAAGAUCAGGAAACUAAUCAGUUCUGUGCUGACUAUAACGAGUUGAUGUAUUGGGUUGAAUGAUUCUCAUACUGUGAAUCCGUGAUGCUGGUCUACCUCUUGAACAUUGCUACCUCUGUCUGGCCUUACAUGCUAUACACGAUGUGACACUCUCCCAAGUUUGGGAAAUGAGGAAGCAGGAUGCAGGCUUGGGAACAACUCAAGAGCUCACUGCAACACAGAACACUCAUUAGUAGAAUUCCCCACAGGUGUGCAUUCCUUACCACUCACCUUCUCCAGCUCUGCCCUCCGUUCACAAACUGGCGCCAUCUGUGCCCCCAACCUGUGGACCACCUUGAACUUAAAUGGCUGAAGUGCCAGAUACCAACGAGUGAUCCACGCAUUGGCAUCCUUCAUGCGGUGGAGCCACUGGAGCGGAGCGUGGUUCGAACAGAUGGUGAAGGCCCGUCCCAACAGAUUAAUGGAGGGUGAGGACUGCCCACCAGAUGGCCUCUAUCCAGGUACAAGAUAACUGGCCAAUCUGGCAACCCUGUAUGUGUCUGUAUGGAGAAAGUGAUCAACCCAAAACAGUUACAGUUACAGUUAAAGCCUACAGUGUUGGACCAAGACUUACUGUAAUUAAUCUUUAUUGUGUCAAAUUAACUAAAUGUUAAUGCUACACUGUGUUAUUGUGUCACUAAGUGUUAAUGCGACACUGCGUGAGUUAAUGCAUCACUGUAUGAGUUAAUGCAUCACUAAGGGUUAGUGCAUCACUGUAUGUGUUACUGCCACACUAAGUGAUAAUGCAACACUAAGUGUGCAUUAUCAGUUUGCAAUAACAAGUGUGCAAUCAGUAUGUGACACUGUAUGUAUUAAUGUAUCACUAUGUGUUAAUGCAUCACUAAGUGUUAAUGCGACACUGUAUGUGUUAAUGAAACACUAUAUGAGUCACUGAAGCAUUGUGAACGUAAAUGCAGCACCAGUUUUUGACAACACAUUUUUAACAGUUAAUCCAAACUUUAAAAAUCAGUUAAACAAGAUUAGAAAUGUAACUUUUAAUUAACUUUUGACUUUUAGAUUUGAGAAGUUUUGUCAUUGAAUUGUGUCAUUUAAAAUGUAUUUACAGAUAUAUAUUUUAAGGAAUAAAGAUUUAAGAUCUUUAUUUAAAAAAACAUCAUUUUCGUUUGUAGCUGUCAAUUUAUAUUCAACAUAUGUGUGAACAGCACCACCGUGUGGCUGAAGCCAUCACUGCAUCUAAAUUACCCUCCACUGCUACUGCUACUACUUUUACUACUACUACUACUACUACUACUACUAAUAAUAAUAAUAAUACUAAUUGUUUUUUUAUAAACACUGAGCAAACCUGAAUCAUGCUUUAUUGCACUGUAUGCAAUUGAAACAUGUCUAAAUUAUGUCGUGAAUCAGUUGCUUUAAAUGCAUCUUUUAUACAUCAGUUCACAUGGAGACGCAGUUUAUUUCAAAAUAUAUUCAUAGAAUAUCUGCAAAUAUUAGUACAUUUUAGGAAACAUCCAUUUAUACCUGUAUUUAAGAAUAUAUUGCAGUUUAUAUUUGUCUUGUUCACCUUUCAUUCUUUCAUCUUGAGUAAGUGCUUUAUGAUUCGAUAUAUGUGAAAUGUAUGGGUAUGUAUUCACAGUCACAAACAAAUACAUGUUAAUAUUUCAA